CGUUCUCGGAGAAGCAGCUUCCCCUCUCCGGUCCACCGACACAGACGGGAGCGAUGGAGGAAGAGUUGAAAUGCCCCGUUUGCGGGUCUCUCUUCAAGGACCCCAUCCUGCUUCCGUGUUCCCACAACGUCUGCCUGGGAUGCGCUCGGAACAUCACCGUCCAGACCCCGGAGGGGGAGACCCCGGUGCAGAGCCGAGCCUCGGGCAGCUCUGACUACGACUACCUGGACAUGGACAAGAUGAGUCUGUACAGCGAGACGGACAGCGGAUACGGCUCCUACACGCCGUGCCAGCUCAAGUCUCCAAACGGGGUGCGGGUGUUUCCGCCUGCGAUCCCCCACCGACAGUGCACACUCACCUGUCCGCUGUGCCACCGGAGCGUCUCUCUGGACGAGCGGGGGCUCCGGGGUUUCCCUCGGAACCGGCUGCUGGAGGCCAUCGUGGCGCGGUACCAACAGACCCGCGCCGCCUCCUCCUCAUCUUCCAACGCGGUGAAGUGCCAGCUGUGCGACCGCAACCCGGUGGACGCGGCGGUGAUGUGCGAGCAGUGCGACGUCUACUACUGCAACGCCUGCCAGCAACGAUGCCACCCGUCCCGCGGUCCCCUCGCCAAGCACCGACUGGUGCCGCCGCCAAACAAGGCGGCAGGAGCGGGGGCUAGCGGAGGCGGCGGUGGUCAGCAGCCGCCCGCCACCGCGCGGAAACCGGCGACGUGCGUGGAUCACGAAGCGGAAAACUUCAGCAUGUAUUGCAGCAGCUGCAAGGCUCCGGUGUGCAUGAAGUGUCUGGAGGAGGGAAAACACGCCAAGCACGACGUCAAACCGCUGGCCGUGAUGUGGAAGCAACACAAAUGUCAGAUUUCCCAGGCGCUGAACGGCGUCUCUGACAAAGCUAAAGAUGCCAAGGAGUUCCUGGUUCAACUCAAAAACAUGCUUCAGCAGAUACAGGAGAACGGUGUGGAGUUUGAAGCUUGCCUCGUGGCUCAGUGUGACUCUCUGAUCGAGGCGCUGACCAGACAGAAAGCCAAACUGCUCACGAAAGUAACCAAGGAGAAGGAGUACAAACUAAAGGUGGUACGUGACCAGAUCACACACUGCACUAUGAAGCUACGGCAGACCACCGGCAUGAUGGAGUACUGUCUAGAAGUCCUCAAAGAGAAUGAUCCAAGUGGUUUCCUCCAGAUCUCAGAUGCUCUGAUCAAGCGAGUGACGUCGUCUCAAGACCAGUGGGUUAAAGGGGCCCUGGAGCCAAAGGUUGGCCCUGACUUUGACCUCACUCUCAAUACCGACUCGCUGCUACAGACCAUCCUACAGCUGGACUUCUGCCAGGGCAAAGAUGUACAGGAGAAUCCAAAAUUGAAACAAAUGCAGGAAGCAGGCAGUGGUGAGGCUGAGAUGGAGACAGAGAGCCCAGGAGUGGAGCCUAGACCCUCAGUGCCUCCAGCUCCUCUCCUGCAGCUGGAGAAGUGCUGCACAAGGAAUAACAGCGCCACCCUGGCCUGGAGGGUAACUAUGCCCACCAUCAACCCCAUCGAGGGCUACAUCCUGGAGCUGGAUGAUGGCAAUGGAGGACAGUACAGGGAGGUAUAUGUGGGGAAGGAAACAGUGUGUACAGUCGAUGGUCUUCAUUUCAACAGUUCCUACAACGCAAGGGUGAAAGCUUAUAAUUCCAUUGGAGUGGGUCCAUACAGCAAGACAGUCAUGCUCAAGACUUCUGAUGUGGCUUGGUUCACCUUUGACCCCACCUCAGCUCAUCGGGACAUUGUUCUGACUAAUGACAACCAGACAGUUAGCUGUAACAGCUAUGAUGACCGUGUGGUGCUGGGGACUGCUGCUUUCUCCAAGGGCAUUCACUAUUGGGAGGUCAGCAUUGAUCGCUAUGACAACCACCCAGAUCCUGCGUUUGGCAUAGCAAGGAUCAACACCAUGAAGGACAUGAUGCUGGGGAAAGAUGACAAAGCCUGGGCCAUGUAUGUGGACAACAACCGCUCCUGGUUCAUGCACAACAACUCCCACACCAACAGGGCAGAGGGAGGCAUCACUAAGGGCUCGACUGUGGGUGUCCUGCUGGAUCUGACUAAACGCACACUGACCUUCUACAUCAAUAAGGAACAGCAUGGCCCAACUGCCUUUGAGAACCUGGAUGGGGUCUUUGUGCCCGCCGUCAGCCUCAACAGAAAUGUGCAGGUGACAUUACUGACAGGCCUGGAAGUUCCAAAGAAUAUCAAACAGUAAGAGCUCCCUCCUUACUCUGAGCCUGCCCUGGAUACAAACCAAUGAUGUCAUGUCCAGUACUGUCAGAUGGGAUCUGUUCCUCUCCCAUCCUUCUCAAGUUGACCCUUAACCUGGACAAUCUUCAGCUCCACGACUUUUUAGACAAGUGACAAGUUUAUUGGCUAUAAAUGUAAUGAUUACAGCUUGACGACGUCACUGCAGAGACGGCUGGAGGGCCAUACUUUUUUCCACUGCCCAGUUUAUUUUUCUCAAAGAUACAAACAACACUGAUAUUAUCUAUAUUCCAGCUUGCACAGUUUAUGUUAUUUUAAACAAUCUGGGCUUAACUCCGCCCCUUAAAGAUUUUUAUAUUGUGCAGGAAAGAUCAUUCUGAGUUGAAAAAUAAAGAAAAAAAUAGACCACAAGCAACACAGUUUUUAGAAGGUGAAAAAAAAAACCCCUGAGAGAAAUGAUUCAGCAGUGCUUUUUGUUGCUCUGCUUCUCUCUCAGGUGUGUUUACAGCCGAGAUGAACACAAGUCAUUUGUAGGAGUUGUGUAGUGGCACCAUGGGUUUUUUUCUCUCAUAAAAUAUUUAAAAGCUAAACUCUCGCUUCACACUUUCAUCUCAGUGUUGACUCCAACAGCACUGCCUUCUCUGUUUUCUGUGAUUUCUUAUCUGUGGUAAGGAAUCUGACAGCCAUCUUAAAGCCGGCAAAGCUUCCCUCAUGAUCGACUCUCUUUCUCAUGCAAAGCGGCGCAAAGAUCGUUUGAUAGUGUUGUCAGAACGGUUUACAUAUUGAGGUCAGUCUGAGAAGGCUGGAACUUAAUUCCAUUUCAUUUUUCUGUAAUCUGACAGAUCUACCGAGCCAGGGGUGUAUUAUUUUGAAAGAAUUCAAUUCUGGUGCCUUCUUUUGGGGAAAACUAUUUUAACGUGACCUGGCACAGGCUUUUUAAGGUAAAACUGAGUUAGAUACGUCCUUUUUUUUCUGCACUCAGAAGUUCUUUUAGAUAAGAUUGUUUUGCACCUUGAAAAUACUGCAUUAACCAGGCUUGGCCAAUGUAUUUUAUUUGAUUUUUUAACAGUUGUCUCACUUUUUAUUGAAGUACACAGUGUUUUGACCUAGACACUGAAAAUUCAGCUGUAUUAUAUAACUCUCAUAUAACCGCUAAGGACACGUGGAUGUUAACCUGCAAGGAAAGAUGUCUGUGGAUGCUAACAUUGCUAAUAUUAGCCCAACUACUUUUAAACUAGUUGAUUAGUCCAAAUUUACUUUUUAUUUAUAUAAACAAGGUUAUUAUUAUCUGUAGGUUAACCAAUAAAUUCACAGUCCCAAAGGCCUAGAGACCACCAGCCUUUUCUUUUCCUUAUUUGUCUUAAAAACCUAAAACUCUGACAUCAAAAAAGUUCCCACUAAGAUGUAGCAGAUCCCCACAUUUCAACGUCUUUGGCAGUGAACUUUUGGACUCUGCUAGAACAUGAAAAUGAUUGCACCACUUGGUAUGACUUGAUCCACUGGCCAGUAAGAAACAUUACUGUGGUAUUUAAUAAAUCAAUUGCAAUUUGCAUACUGAAACAAACCUAUUUGCCUGCAGGGGCAUCUCAGACUCAAAGAACUGUUUUGACUUUGACAGACCAUUGCCAGAAAAUGCUAAAACGAAGUGGAAUCGAGCCAAACUUCAUUUUCUUUGAUUUACAAUUUACAGAUAAUAUAAUACACCCCAAGUCGAUGAGAAAAGUAUGGUCGUCUCAAGAGCAUUUCAUUCUGUGCUCAUCUCUCAGUCUCACUGCAGAAUCUCAAGAUGCUUUCAGACACCUUUUAUCUGUGGCCCUGAACGUUAUCUUUUAAAGUCACAUCAGGUAAAGCUACAUAAGCUGCUACAUUUAUCAUCAGGGACUAGAUAUGGCAGCCUAUAGAGGACAGUAGCUUCAACCAGACCACUGUGACUCAGGACAUGAGACACUGUAUAAAAUACAUAGGUAUAAGUACACUGUUUAUGUAUGUUUUAUCAGUUCAUGGAAUGGAAGAAUUCAUUAAUUGAGGUUAUUUAAUCUACGACUUGUUUAUAUCUGAGCCAUUUCUGUUCCCUAUAAUGUGAGUUUGAGAGGUAGACUGACAUUACCACAUGACAGUGGGUUUACACAUGAAUGGACAUCCUCAAACUGUAAAUACUGAUAUGUGAGUUAUGAUUAUAACAUGUGACAUUAAGCAUGGAUUCAAACAAGUUUACAAACUAUCUGAAGCUGUAUUGUAAAUAGUGUACCGUUUGUCUUUGCAACGAGGGACCCUGAAACCAACCGCUAUAACAGCUCGCCCCCUGCUGGUGAACGGUGGCGAGAACAAGAUUAAGGCAUCCCUCGACAAAACCUGCCGAUAUCUGUUUUCAUGCUUUUCAUCACAGACUUUUUAAAAUGUGUCAGGAUUUAUGUUACUGUAAAUCACAAACUAUCUCAUGAUAUUUGGACAUUUAAACAUAAAGUUUACAUUAAAAGGGUUGAACAUUUUACAUUGACAAAUUAGUGUAGCACUUGUAUACUUACCGCACCCUCAUUCUUUAAAAUAUACCACAGAAAUGAACAGAAAUAAUGUGUAAGGUUAAGAAUUACUGGUAUUUUUACAGGAAAUGAUCAGGUCUAUUUUGAAUGCCUAUUUUAAAAAAAUUUAGUUAUUAGUAGAGAACUAGGGUUCUAAAAUAAAGUAAAUAUCUUUAUUUUUUCUUUAUUUGGACUUUUUACUAAGUUUUUAGGCGGUAGAGAUGGGAUAUUAUACUUAUUUUUAAAUCAGCAUUGAUAUUUUGAAUGUUAAAUUCUUUACAUUUGCAUUGCAGCAUAUCAUAUUUAUAGGCAUUUCAUACACCUGGGCUAUAUAAAAUUUUUCUGAGAAUGAUGGUCUCAAGGGAGCCACAAAUAGUGAACUCAUAAAGUCAAGUCAAAUGUAAUUGCAUAUACUAUGAUGUGUAAUAUGUACAGGGUGUCCAGAAGGGAUUUAUCACCAGUAUCAACUCAAUUUAAUUUAAUUUAAUUAAUAUAGCACCAAUUCAAAACAACAGCUGCCUCCAGGUAAAGACUUAACAAUAUUACAGAAAGAACCCCAAUGAUCGCACGAUGCCCUACGAGCAAACACUUGGCGAUACUGGGAAACAAGAUCUCCCUUUAAACAGGAAGACUCGGGGUCAGGAAAGGUGCAGCCAUCUGGUUGGACCGGUUGGGAGGUGAAGAGAAAAGGGGGGGGGGAAGGAGCGCGUGAAAGGACAAAAGACUGACUAUUGGAGAAGGAAAACAAUUUAGUCACAGGUAUCAAUUCAAUUGAAUUAAACAGAAUUCAGCUGAAGAAAAUAAAUAGAGAAAAAAAGCAUUGCUUUUGCUCAGUUUGGCCAAUCAUUUGCCAUUUGGUGUUUGCUGUUAACCCUUUUUUAAUGUGGUGACAGCGUGGAGCCAGACUUCAAUAGAUUCAAUAACAUUUGUUUUAACAUUGCAUAACCACUGUGUAGCUUUAGAUGGAGGGUCGUUUCAGUGGGAAGAAAAUCUGAAUCUGUGUUAAUGAUUCUAGCAUCGGCAAUUUUGUGGCACUGUGCUGAUGCCAGCCUUUUUAAAAAUGCAGUUAUUUUUGGUGGAAAUGGGUAGAACCACACAGAGUUUCAGAAAGACAUUAAGACGCCAGUGGAAAAGAGGCAAUGCUUUGUCUGCCUGUUUUUUUUUUCUUCUUUUUGAAGCUACCUGCUAGAGCUCAACAAAGUUAGCAUACAGAUGGUUGAAUAGUGUAGGCUUUAUAAGUUAAUGAACCAGAUCUUUUGAACUGAACCAAAAACGGAGCUAGAUAUGUAUACUUCAAGCAGAUACUGCAGUAACUGCACCCAAGUGGCAAAAAAAGCACUUACACCAAGCCUGUUGACUAAAUCAUGAUGAUAAGAUCUAUUUAAGUUUACAUUUAAGUUGCCAUUCAUCUGAAAGUGAAGACUUUUAACCCAAGCACUCUCUUCACUUAAAUUUAACAUAUUUCCUUUGUAACAUGAAUACAGCGUUAGUGCAAAUGUCAGAAUUUAAAGCAGCUUACAUAGGUUUUUUUUUUUUUUACCUGAUGUGCCCCAGACUGCCAGCUUUCACCUAAGGGCUACAUUUACAUCAUUUCUGGCUGCUCAGCUCUGACCUUGCUGCCACCUCCCACGCCAGAUGCAGAAACCUGCCCUGAGGCUGACUUUGCUGUAACAGGAAUAGAUUUCUAGACAAAAGUGAAAUAUCGUGUAACCAGCCUUCUGAAAAGUUGGAUGAUUUGGGGUUAUGUCUCUGUGGGCUGUAUGGAUGUCAAAAUGAUAUUCAGGAAAUCGUGACUGGAGGCAAUUAAAGCUUCUGCUGAGGGCCUCAAAUUCACCCUGUUGUGUUAACAUUUGGUUCCAUAUUUUCUUGCCUAAAAAUCACUUAAAACAAUAUUAUGCCACAGAAACGAACAAAAAAACAAAUCUUGCAUAUUAAAAUAUUCACGCUGCAGUCACUUCUGUCCAGAUGUAUUUGUAAGAGUUCCUGUAUGAAACGUCCCUUUACCCAACACUUACCCACCCAUGAAUGUGACAUAUUUUACCAAUUUAAUUUUAAUGGUAUGGUGCUGGGAAUUACACUAGUAUUAUUAGAUGAUUAUGUUUGAAAAAGUAGAGGACAAAAUGUAAUUUAUUUACUCUAUAAAGUAUUUAUAAAUAUUUAAUUAUGUAUUUUCUUUUGUAUAAUAUCCUCUUGAAUGGCUACUAAUAUGGUCUGUUUGACCAGUAAGGAUUGCAAGUUGAAAACGGCCAGUGUCUGUAAAAUAUUUUCUGAAUAAAGGAGAUGUGCUUACAGCUUCAAACGUGUGACACGCUGCAGAUGAGCUUCAUGUUUUCCUCUUUUUGAACUGUAUAUACAACAACAAAAAGGCUGCUUCAAGAAAACUGUGUGAGAAUUUGUGACCUCACCCAGCUGCACACUGCCAACUCAAAGGUCUUGUUUUAUCAUAGUGUCGCAAAACUCCAACUUUCAUGUUUUCCCUUUAACAAAAUGGAAACGACUGCAAGAGAUGGUUUAUAUGGGAGAAAAACUGUAAGAUCAUUCUGCUUUCUCACGGUCCAUUCAGCGUGUACAUGUGCGUUUCUUCUUGAAAACUUCUGCCAAGACUUUACUUGUGUGUAAUUUUUUAAUUAUUAGGCCCACCUGCCCUGUUAUGAUCCAGUCCCUUCCUGCCAAUAUAAAUGUUUUGUACAACUACAUUUCAGUUUGUAAAUGAGAAAUGCAUUGCAAUUACAUACUUUUAAAAAUGUCAGUGUACAACACAAGUUACACAAAUGUCUCUUUUUUGUCAUUUAUAAAAACAAAAUAAAUAAACUGUGAUGGAAGAU